UAUAAACAAAAGAAAAACACGGAAGGGUGAAACCGAACCUGAACUACGCUCCGAAUCUGUGUUCUUAAUUUCCCGAUUCGAAACCCUAAAUUCAAAUCCACUCUCAUCAACGAUGGCAAUAGCGCGAACUGGAGUUUACGUUGAUGAUUACCUUGAGUAUGCCAGCACUUUCCCUGCGGAGCUUCAAAGACUGCUAAAUACAGUUCGCGAAUUAGACGAGAGAUCUCAAUCACUCAUAAACCAGACGAGGCAGCAAACUAAGUAUUGCUUAGGGCUUGCCUCACAGAGUUCCAAGAAGGGCAAUGGCAAUAAUCAUUACAACAAUGGUCUUGAUGAAGACGAAACGAUUGAGAAAAUGCGUAAAGAGAUUGAAUCCAGCCAGGAAAAUGCAUUAAGCUUGUGUACUGAGAAGGUCUUAUUGGCCCGACAAGCGUAUGAUCUUAUAGACAGUCAUGUAAAACGACUUGAUGAGGACCUGAAUAAUUUUUCUGAAGAUUUAAAGCAAGAGGGAAAAAUUCCACCAGACGAGCCCUCUGUUCUUCCCCCACUACCUAUAGUUCCUAAACCGGAAAAGCGCAAAUCCUUCUAUGGCACACCUCAGUCUAAGAAGAUUGAUUACAGUAAUAGAGAGUGGGAUCGUGACAGGGAUUUUGAGCUCAUGCCUCCUCCAGGAAGCAAUCGGAAAGACUUCACCCCUAUCGAUGAGCAGCCAAUCGAUCCAAACGAACCGACCUACUGUGUCUGCCAUCAGGUGUCCUUUGGAGACAUGAUUGCCUGUGACAAUGAGAAGAACUGUCAAGGAGGUGAAUGGUUUCACUAUACAUGCGUUGGCCUCACACCAGAGACCAGAUUCAAAGGCAAAUGGUAUUGCCCCACCUGCAGGCUCCUCCCACAGUCGCAUUAAUAUCAUUCGUAACUGUGUCACGGUAUUUCUUUUGUCGAAACCCCUUAGUUUUAUCAUCAAUCAUCAGUAAACUAAGGUCUCCUGGAAUUGUCAUGUAUGUGUAGCUGAUAUGGAGCUUUGCAGGAACUUAUGAUUAUUGAUUUUAGUAGUGGCAAAUACAUCUUCUUCGACACCUUCUCGGCAAGAUUAAUCUCAUCUUGAUGUAGCAAGUGCAAGUAGAAGCAAACUCUAGAAGGAGAAUUCUAAUACUAAAUGCUACUCUUUGUAAUCUCCUUUUAGUCUUUUACAAUGGAUGAGAUUUUAGAGUCAAAUGGAAUUGUAACGUUUGAAGAACUA